UGGCGCUGUCGGCCGGCGCGGGCGGAGGCCGAGACGGCGGCUAGUGUGCCUCCACUCGCGACGCCGAACGCCGCGACGCCAACCAAUCUUAUCCACGACGCGCCGCAAAAACAAACAUUACAAUUAUCUAAGUGCGAUAAAACGAUACAACGCGUUAUCAUCCAGCGAUAACUAGCCACAGUGAUAACAGAUAAAUUCCAAAGUGGUCGACGGCUGUGCCUGUGCUGUGUAUUAUGUAAAAAUUAACCCAAAAUUUAAUCCUGGACUUGCAAAUAAUGGCUGCGAUGGCUGGGCCCCGAAAGUCGAGAUCCAUUUACGACUACCCUGAACACCUAAAUCCGUUCAGGGAGGAGGACAAUCACAACAAGAUCAGAUUCUGGACCAUCGGGAGAAAGCUUAACCGAUCAAACAGCAUCACAUUCAAGGAUCUUAAAAAUUCAUGGAGCUUUCGUUCAUUCAUGAAGAAGGGUAAAAGACAACAGCCACAGGAGAAAGAAAAAUCAAACAAUCAAGUCAAUGGAGACAAGCUGGUUGAAUAUCGAAAUGCAUUGCAAUAUUCCUCAAACUCGCUAUCGCCACAGAGUCGUAACACGGUGGGUUCGCCGGAGCGCACAGACCGCUAUGUGUACGGCGGAUCCGUGACGCCUCUCCCGCGCUCCCGCUUCCAGGAGCGCCUGCGCAGCCCUAGCAACUACGAAAUUGGCUCGCUUAAUGCUACUCCGCGUAUGGCUCGCAGUGAAAUAUCGGGAUCGCGAAACAGCGUAGGGAGUACCAAUCCUUUCGACGAAGACGAACCCAUUGCGCCGGUGCGCGCGCCUCGGCGCAAAAAGAAACGCGCGGCUCCUCUGCCGCCGGUGGUCAGCGGCGCCGACAUCGCCGACGAUACCGUGAAAACCGACGCGUCGGAGUUGGAGUCCAGCAGUCUCAAUGCAUCACAAAAUACGGAUUUCAAUAAUACUCGAACUACUGAUCUCGAAACACAAAUUAGUAGUCUAAAUGCGACAAAAGUAAAUAACCCCGAUGAUUCAAAACUGUCAAAUAUGGAAGAUGAAGAGGAAGAUUUAAAUUGUAACAUCGAACUAAAAAUCGUUGAAGAUAACGACGACGAUGUACAAACAAGACGAGAUGCAGUUAAAACUGAUAUUCCUAAGGAAGAUUUAGAUAUGGAUAAUGUAGUCGAACAUAGAAAUGACGAUAAAGAAUUAUCUCUCAAAAUAGAAGAAAGUUCUACUACUCCAAACACAGUAAAAAGUACUGGAUCAGAAGAUGACAUUUUGGACAAGGUGUCAUUCUCUAAGGUAGACAUUACAACAUAUCGAAGAAACUCUAGCGUUAAUGAUGAUGACAUUCGUCUACGACGAGGUAACUUAGAAGAUUUUCAUGCACUUUCAAAUAAACGAAGUAAAAGUUUAACAAACACUAUGGACGAUUCUUAUGUAGCGUAUGACAUAAAUUUGAACGAAGACAAGAUUAAAGACGCAAACGACAAUGAUGCCCCGCAAAAGGUGGUUUGUAAAGUAUUUGAAGAUGCAGGAGCAAAACAAAGUAUUGAAACUGUGUCGAGCACAGAAAAUGAGUUUAUCGAAAUCGAUAGAGCAACACGUGAACUUGAAAGAGAAAUAAGCAAAUUAAACUCUGCUUUAGUAGAAGAUGAUCUGACUUCGGAUGUUUCAUGUCGUGGGUCAGUUACAGAUAUGAAACGAAUAUUUGAGAAAAACCAACCUUCUUCGCCCAACCCAAUACCAAAGCCUAGAAGAAGUCACCACGGAGAUAUCAGUACUUUAGCAAUAAACGGUAAUAGUUAAUUGCUAGAGAUUGCACAAUUAUAAAUAAAAUUGUUUAACUAGAAAUGCGACCGAGUAAUUAAUUAAGGAAUCUUCAAGGUGAAAACUAAAGGCAUUAAGCUAAUUCAUUAGCCCUAUUUCAAUAUUGGCCUUGAUUGUAAAAGUGCCUUUCUAUGAUCAUUAUUUGUUAUGUAUAUAAGUGGGCAUACAGUUUUUAAGCUAGACCAGGAGUUUAUCAGAACUGAUAGUUUGCCAUAAAUGGAAUUGAUGUAUCCGCAGCCGACAUUGUGCAAUAACGUAAUUACAUAAUAUUAUAAAAUGGUGCAUUUCCGAAAUUAGUUAAGAUACAAAUUCCUAACAAAAAUUGUGAUAAUUGUUUUUAAAAACAACAAAUAUAAUAAAUGAUGCUGUUGUAACUAUAAUACGUAGUUACGGAAACCAAAUUUAUAAAGGGUAUUCUACCCCAUUAUCACUAGACAAUAAGCAAAUUAAAUAGUACCAAUAUUAUUUAUUUCUAGAACAUGCAAAACAAGGUAAUUUCCAAGCAAUAUUGGAGUAUAUGCAAAUAUGUUCCAUUAUUUAAAAUGACUUUGCUUUUUAUUGAUAUCUUUUGUUUUUAUUAAUAAACAAACGCUACGGAUUAUGUAUUAAUAUUUUAAUUAAAAUGGAGAAAAAUAUUUUAAUAUAGUUGUUCAUAAACACAAUCACAUUGUAUAACGGUGAUUAUUGGAUCUACUACACUAACACCUUCACGGUUCAUCGGUUUGCUUAUUUUAAAAAUAUAACUAAAUACUUUAGUUUAUUUUGGUAUCUGUUCACAGAACUCAUGAAACUAAAAUAUUUAUUUUAUUUUUAUAUAUAGUGGAUACUAUUACGUUGCUUUACAUGAUUAUAUGCAAAAUGUUUUUAGAGAUUCUAUUAUUUAAAUAUGGGCAAUAAUAUUUAUAAUUAUUAAGUACACCAUACACCAUUCACACACAUAAUUAAAUAGUUAAUUAGUUAAAAAUACAAAAUUACUGUGUGAAUAGACAAGAAUUUUGUAAGAUUUUAUAAAUAUACCUUGUACUACACAGUUACUGCAAUAAAGAUAUUUGAGUUUGAGUUAAAAAUUUACGCGUACUAAAUAUACAAUUAGAUAUCGUAAAAUGUAUUCAGACAUUUUUGUUUUUUAAAAACUACUAGUACGUUUUACGACUGACCUCUAAUCUAUAAAAAGAAGCAUUUUUAUUUAAACUCCAAUGGCUUUUCGCAUUUCGGUCUACAGCACUUUGAAAGUAAAAGCAAUACUUGUUGUGUUACGAACGACGUUUGUUAAUAUGUACCUAUAUUUAUUAAUAAAUUAUGAGUUAUACAUUGUUAUUAUAUUGGGUUUAAGUGUUUAUAGUGUGUGAGGUCUAUUGUCAUCGUUGUUUAUUUAAUAAAUAUUUAUCAACUGUA